UUCUCCCCCACGCUUCCCGGCGUAUCUGUGAAUCUCCGUGUCUCCGUCUCUCCCUGGUUGUCUCUCUGUCCCGCGGGCACAUCUGUUCCCGUUUGUAUCUAGUUUUUUCUUCUCUGUCUGCUUCUCUCUUUUGGCUCUCGGCUGUGACCUCUCUCGACUUCCGUUUUCUCGUCUUUCUUGCCUGUUCUCUUCCCCUCCGUCUACUCCCGGGAUCUCGUCUCUCGUCGUGCCUUUUUUCCGUUCUCUCCUUGGUGUCUUCCGCCUCGUCUGCUCUCGAAGCAGCUAAGAACGCGUCUGUCUGAAACUCCUAUCGGGAGUCACAUUCCGAAUAAAGCCAUAGGUACUGUGACGUCAAGCAUUAUGAAGAACGCGGUUGUCUGGAUCUCAUAAUUCGAGUGAUCUUCGGUGUCCCUCUCUGCUGUCUCGACUCGAAGAAGAGACCCUCUGCACGGUUGCUGAAUUUGUUGCGAAAGCAGACGCACGACCGUCUGCUUGCAGGCCUUCCCUUCUUCGUGCUGGGCUCGCGGACAUCUUCUUCGCCUUCUUUUCUCCCUCUCCACCCUUGGCGACCCUCCAGGUUUUUACCUCUUUUCAGGGGAAAAGGCGGACACCAACAGAGGCGCCUGCCCUCCUUUGUCCUGAUGACUUAUGUCAAGUCUUGAUUUUCUGUGCCGUUCCUCUCUCGAUUCGCAGCCGCUGCCCUUAAGAGACACCAUGGUGGCGGAUCCAUGUGCAGGGGCGCCAGUGGGAGGAAGCAAGACAGAGCGCUCGGAAGCAAGCGUCUCUGACCUAGCGGCGAACAUGAUCGGCGAUGUCCUGCCAGAAAAGAACUUCUACGACUCAGACAUAGUGGCGUCGUUCACGUUGACGCCUGAAGAAGUGAAGGCGGCGCACGCGCUUGUGGAGGCGAACGACCAGCUUCUUCCCCAGUUCACCCUCGACAAGCUGGACCGCGACGCCGUGAGGAACUGGGACGUCUUCUACAAGCACAACCAGGAUAACUUCUUCAAGGAUCGGCUGUGGAUAAAAAAGGAAUUCCCAGAGUUUGCCUUUUCGUGUCCUGACCCCCAAAUCGGAGACACAAAAGACGCAAAGCCUCCUCUCCUCGUCGACGUUGGAUGCGGCGUAGGGAAUGCCCUCGUGCCGAUUCUCCGGAGUUUCCCUCACCUUCACGCCGUUGGGUUCGACUGCUCGAAGCGCGCUGUGCAGCUCUUGAAGGAGCGGUGGGCUGCGCGAGUUGAGGCCCUUCCCCGCCGGGGGUGCCAUCGCGGUCAAGAAGCAAGCGGCGAGACCGUCUGCGGUUCGUCUGUCUGUUCUGUGUAUCCUCCUUCUUCUGCUUCUUCGUCUGCUUCUUCUUCCGCGCCUGCCUCUCUUCGACCUUCUUCCCGUUCACAGGCCUCCGCAACUCCUACCUCAUGUGCGUCUCGAGACGAAUUCCGAAACCCGCUCUUGGAAGAGUCUCCGGUAGAGUCUGUGGAGCCCAGAGAGGCAUCUGCACCGCCGGUGUCCGAGGUUGAAGAGACUGAGGCCUGUUGCUCCGGAGAGGACUGCAGCGAAAAGGAGGAAAACGAUGUUGAGCGGGACGGCGACAGUGACGAAGAGGAAGAAGAUGUCGACAGCUGGGAGAAGAGGAAGGAACAAGAAGCAAAAAGACUGCGAGAAGUCACUACCUUCGACAUCACCGAGAGCGACGUUCCGGCGUCACUUGCGGCUCCUGCAUCAGCCGAUUACCUUCUGCUGCUCUUCGUUCUCUCUGCUCUUCAUCCGCGGCACCACAUCACUGUUGCUCGUCGUUGUGCGAGGCUGUUGAAGCCUGGUGGAAUUCUCUUCUUCAGAGACUACGGACGCUACGAUCUCGCGCAGCUUCGCUUUGCCAAGCGAGGCAAAUCGAAAGUUGCAGACAACACCUAUGUGAGACACGACGGCACGCUCGCCUGUUAUUUUCUCACGGACGAGCUCCGAGAAAUCUUCUGUCGAGAGGCCGGCUUGGAAGAAGUCGAAAACAGGUACUGCCUCCGGGAGUUUACUAACAGAAAGACCGGGGUGAAGAUGCGACGUAUCUGGAUCCAAGCGAAAUUUCGGCGUCCUCUCCAGCCGUAGAAUGCCACUCGAGCAAGGACCAGAAGUGGAAAGGUGGAAACGGUCGCUGUGGUGGAAAGCAAGACUGGCUAUAUGUUCCUCGUUCCUAUCACUCACCCCGACGUUCUAAGGAGUCUGCUCGCUGUUCAGCAUAGCAAAUGACGGUUUAUCCAUAGAGAAGUAUCAUGGUGACGAAGGAAAACAGUAGAGUUGCCAGCAUUUCUCAGUUGCCGAUCUCUGGCACACUCGCGCCGUCCCCCUACCACGAUUGUAAAGGAAUAUCCACCGUUGUUGGUUUUUAAAGGUCGCUGUAUGUCGGUCUUGUCGUGUCUGAUCGAGUUUUUGUUACCUGUGUGGGGUAUGCGUGUCUUCGUGGGGCAGUGCUUCUGUUUCCAAAAAUAGCCGCGUCUGUCGCUUUGUAUCUGUGCACUUGUGGUGUCAGGAGGGGUUUUGUGGUGCUCGCCGUUUGCUUUCCCCGUGUGAAAACGCGACAGAGCCCUGGACUAUCGUUUUUGUACACAUGGCACUCAGAGAUAAAAUGUCGCACGCAAGGGUAAGGCCUAGUUGUACGCCACAUCUUUUGUCGUGCGAGCUUUUAGGGCCUACAACGAAGCUGUCAUAGCCAGUCUCGUUUGAGUCCUCAGGGGAAAGCGGACCCCGAGAAUACUAC